UCCGGUCUGCGUAUCACUGUUGCAACGAUAUCGGCUCGAGGCUGAACGCAUUUGAUCCGUCGCUGUUGCCCGCUGGCCUUUGGAGUUCGAUCCUGGUUCUUCUUUCCUUUCUUUCUUUCCUCCGUCUUGGUCUUUUGAUAUACCCCCUUUCUCGCCAUCAGUUUUCCCACCACACGUAUACCCCUUCAGCGCUUUCACACUUCACAACAUCUUUUUGGCUUUUUCGUCACGACACGACACGACACGCCACCCCACGACACCAUGAAGCUCUACCCAUCCCUGUCCGACGACCUCGCCGCCUGGGCCGCGCAGCAGCCCGUCUUCUUCACGGCCUCGGCCCCCACGCACGCACCACACAUCAACGUCUCCCCCAAGGGCCAGACGUCCAGCCAUCUCGCCUUCCUCACCCCCAACCGCUGCGCCUACAUUGAUCGCACCGGCAGCGGCUGCGAGACCAUUGCGCACGCCUACGAGAAUGGCCGCCUCGUUCUCAUGUUCAUCAGCUUCGGCGCCGCCCCGCGCAUCCUCCGCCUGUUCGGCACGAGCACCGUCGUCGAAUGGGACGACCCGCGCUUCGAUGACCUCGUGAGGACGAUCAGCAAGGGUCAGCGGGGUGCGUUUGACGGCGCGCGGGCGGUUGUCGUCUGUGACAUUUUCCAGGUGCAGACGAGCUGUGGAUACGGUGUGCCUAGGGUCAAGCAGGCGCUCUACGACCCCGACGCUGCCGCUGAUGCUACUCCACCAGCUGAGCAGCAACAGCAAGCUGCGUCGGAAAAGGGGGCUGAAUGGGAUGUCUUUGAGGACCGUCCCACAAUGGACACCUGGGCCGCGAAAAAGGUCGAGACGGCCGCCCUGUUUGACUACCAGAAGGAAAAGAAUGCAUACAGCAUUGACGGCCUGCCUGGUCUCAAGUCAGCGAGGCGCGACACGGGGCAGAACAUGCGUCUGGUGGAGUUGCAAGCGUGGGGGGCCCGGAUCGCCAAGGAAGGCGAUGCUGUUGCCGUUGGCUUUGUCGGUGCCGUGGUCCUUUUCCUUUUCCUUCGAUUUGUUCUUGGGUUGCUGUAACCUUGCUUUGCGCGCAUAUAGAUAGAUUUGCAUGUUUUUUCUCCUUGACCUCGGAGGUUAAAAAAGGUAGCAAUGGCCUGGAAUUCGGUAUGACUAGCAAUAGAACUGAAAAAGAGUUGGAAUUUCCCUGUUAAGCUUUCCUCGUCUAUCCCAUACCUCCCGACCAAGCUCCAACGCACAAUGACACCUCUCUGCUACAAAGUAGCG